UGCCGUCUUUCUAUUUUAAAACUUUCUCUUGGCGGUCCCGGUCCUCCAUACCUGGGGCCGGGGCUGCUCCAGACGUUAAUAUCCCCACCCCUGCCCUUCCCACCUCCGGAGAUCCCGGCGCAGCCGUGAGACGUUCCGAGCCUUGGUCGCUUCACCGCCGACAGGGGAUCCGCGUCCGUUCAGGUGUAAAAUCGCCCUCCAGCGAAUCCCCGCCCCGGCGUUUCUGCCUUCGGGCAGUGCAGACGCUGCCUGCUUCGUUGUUUCCCUGCUUAAAACGCCUCUCUGACCCCGGCUUGCCCUGCGCGGAUCAAGUCCUCACCAGGAGGUGGAUUCGCAGCGUUCUUGCCCCCUAGUCUCUUCCCUCGAUGGCAGCGCAAGCCACCGCGUCCUCUACCUAUGGGACUCUCCAGUCCCCACCUCUCCUGAGACCCCAGGCACCAACACCUUUGCGUCCUCCUCAGACCGACCCCUACCGAUCCCCCUCUCUCACUUCCGCGACAUCCCUUACCCACCUGUUGCGAGAGUGCAUCCGGGUCUGCCUCACGACACGCCGCAUCCUCUCCCUGGUCCUGGGACCCUGAGACCCCACCUCUCUCCUGAGACCUAGUCUUGCGUCUUCUUCAGGCCGGGUCCUGCCUCUCCUCCGGCCUCCCUGUCGCAGUCAGUGCUUCCUCCCAGGCUCCCGUGUGAGAAAGGGGAUCCGGUCCCUCUGUGUUCUUCCAUCCCGGAUCCCACCCCCUGAAAGGUGUGCUUUUCCCCGUCAGCGGGCAUCUCAUUCCAUCACUGUGCAUGUGUGGAUGAGGGGAUCGAGAAAAAGAGAGAGGAGCAACUGCCAAAGAAAGUGAAAUACUAAAAAAGAAGAAAACUGAGGGACAGCCAUAAACAGAUAACAGAAUAGAGGGGGCAAGAGGGAUUCGCAAAAACAGUUUGAAUGAAAGAGAAUAAGCCGAGAAAGUUACAGGGAGAAAAGAAGAUCUUCAGAGAGUGAGGGGGAACAAAAUAGGCGGGGAGCCUUUAGUCGGAAGGUAGGAGUGGGGCGACGGGGGAUGGGAAGCACUUCAAACAGAGGGGGAGAGGAUGAAAGAGUUGCAGCCAUGGCAGACAGAGCAAAUUGAUGCAGGGACAGAAAGGGUGCAAGGGAUGACGGAGAUCAGAGAGAAAUGAGGGAGGGAACUCAGCAAGCUGGGGGUGCCAGAGAGUGAGGGUAGGGGGGGAACAGAAAUGGGGGCAGAGAGGAGCAUAAAUAUAUAGCAAUGGCAUCAAUCAAAGACUGGGGGAAAGAGCAACAAGAGAUGAAACAGGGCAGGAGUGGAGCUGAACAGGUAGGAAAAGUAGAAGGGGAGAAACAGCAGGAGAGGAGGUAGUGUAGAACAACAUGAGGGAAAGAAACUGAGGGGGAAAGGAACAGGAGUAAAGAGAAAAAAGGAAAGAGAUCUAAAAGACAUACAGAGUGAGAGAGACACAUAGUCAUGCAGAAAGAGGAGGACUCAGACCCAGAGGAGUGGGCAGUUGAUGGGAUAUGGAUGAUUAAGCUGUGACAUUGAUUUAUGACUUUAAUUUCUAAUCAAUUGAAAAUUUCUUUGAAGUAUACAGAUGAGAAAGAGAAUUGCAAAACCCCCUAGGGAAUGAGAAUUGCAAAACCCCCUGUCUAUAAGGCUUGUGCAUUUCAUGAUUGUUAGUCUCAGAAGAUAACUUCCAUCGCAACCCCUAUUCAGAUGGAGGGCAGUGACUUGUCAUAGUCAAUUUUGGGUCACCUUCUGCCCUUUUCCUGGAAUAGGUGAGUGGGGGCAAGAAAUGGGACAAGAAAUUAUUGACUCUCUUAGUUCCCUAGUGCUGCUGUAACAGAAAUAGUCUGAGAAAAAGGAGGUGAGGGGCUCUGCUCUGCAUGGAGUGUGAUGUCAGGGCCCGGUCUAGGAUCUGAAGGGGAGAGUCACUCUAGCCCUGAUCCCCCUGCUGCAGUGGAGUGUGGGCUUCACCAGGACCUGAGGGUAAUAAACUCACCUGUUGGUCUCCAUGUAGGAGGUUAUUGUCCCUGAGUCCCUCCUGGGACACUGGGUAGCAGAGACCAUCUUUCACCAUGGUGAGUUCCUCCCUGUGUGUGUGGUUAUGGCACAGGAAGGGGGUGUGCUGACUGUAAGCCUUUACCAGCAUAUUUUCCAUACUCAGCAUUGACUUCUCAAGACUGAUCUUGCCUCAGGAUGAAGCCUGGAGGAGGGAAAAAAGAGACAUCCGGAAUGGCUCGCUCCCAGAUUCUGGGAAGAUACGCCCUGUCAUUCCCAAAAGCUGCAAAAAUACCCUCUUCCAUCAAUAACAUAUUUUAUUGAAAUCUCCCGUUUCUUCUGUUUGAUUUGCUGUGCAUCUCUCCAGUCCCUAGCGUCUUUAUACCACCACAUGGUCCAAUAGGAAUCAGGUUUGUUAGCUUUUGAUCAUGUCUUUGUUCUGUCCUUCAGUGAAGUUUUAUAAUUUCCCAACAUAGUUCUGAAAAUAGUCUUAUAAAUAGAUGUCAAGGUGUGUUUGUUAAUGGAAAUGCAAGCUAUGUCUUUUUUGUGUGAGUUGUUUUUCAAUUACAGCUACUAAUGAAGAAAACCUGUUUUCAGUAUAUCAUUAGUUAUUAGAGUUCAAAUACAUUCUUUUUCUAGAUUGUAAAGUCGUAAUCCUGCCAUCUGUGAUUUAUAACAGGUCCGGCUUUGACUGUCUUUUUUCUCCUCCCUCUUGCUUCUUCCUUUGGCCCUGGUUAAGGCAUCCCGUGCAGUGGUGAAUGACAGGAGCCCUGGCCAGUCCACUUGUCUCAGCCUUUCUGUUGGUUGAAAUGCUUUCUGCUGAUCAUGUUUGUUUCAGUUUUCUUGCUGAAUGACAGUUUUGUUUUGUCUUCCAUAUUUCCUAUUCAGAAUGAUUUUAUUAUCCAAUAAUUUCUUUAAAGAAUUACUCCUUAAGAAAUCUUUUUAUCUAUUUUAAUCUGUUAAAUUAGUACAUACAAUAAAUAAAUUUUCUGAUCUUGGAUCAUUGUUUUAUUAGUGGAAUAAAUUCAGCUUCUCUUUUGUGAAUGGCUGUUUAAACUUAAAUGGAUAAAACUGUGUUUAUAUUUUUACAUAUAUGUAUUUCAUGGAGAUUAAAGUUAAAUUUUUUUAUUUAUUUAUUUUAUUUUUUUUCCAUUUUUGUGUAGUUUGUUUUUUUACUAACCCGAUGUGGAAUAGCAAUGACUAGGCUAUAUAAUAUACUUUAUACAUUUUCAUUAUACUAGAAAUGCUGAAAUGCACAUGAGUAAAAAUAAAAGAUAAUGAAACCUUAUCCCAAAAAUACAUCAUUCAGAGAUAACUACUCUCAUUUCACUUAAGUGUGUUAAAUGUGUAUGUAUGUGUGUGUGCAAAUAUUUACAAGCUCAUGGUUUUUAUAAAAUGUAUAUCAUUAAAUUAGUUUUAUAUUUUUGAACAGUUGAAAAUAUACAUUAAGUAUUUUUAUGGCCUUAAUUUUUGUCUGCGCUAUAAUGUCAAUGCAGUAGGAGAAGUAAGUAACAAUGAGAUAAGAGUAAUAAGAAUAGUAACAAAUUAUGUGUAUGUGUCUGUGUGCACAUACAUAAUGACAUUUUAUCCACUUCCAUGUUGUUGGGCUUGAACUUGUUUUAAGUUUCUCAGUUUGAAAAUAGUCUGCAACCUAUUCUUAACUGUUUAGUUUUCUUAGGUUCAGUUCUAAAACUUGACAACCUGGGUUCAGGUGCUGGGUCUGUCACUUAUUAGCUGUUUGAGUGUCUUUUAGUGCCUGUGACACAGUUGUCUCCUGUGUAAGGUGGAAACAGAUCUUUCUCUAUUGGGCUAUUAUGUCACCAUACGAUUUAAUGCAUAUAAAGCAUUUAGAGUAAAGCUUAGCACAUUCCUGCUCAAAAAUUUUAGUCGUUUUGGUUAUUGGCAUCACAGUUUUUUGAUUCUGACCUUUCUUUAAAGACACAGUGGACUUUGUCGUUCAUGAAGACACCAUUCUUGCUCUAGCUCAUUUGAGAAGCUCAUUGUUGUCACUUGCUGUGCAGAACUAACAUCUAACAGGUCUAUAUAGAUGACACUUGUUGAAUUUUUUUUGUUUGCAUAUUUCUUUUAUUGUCCAUAAAAAUGUGAAGUCCACAAUGAUUAGUGGGUUUCACACCCUCUCUUGGAAAAGUAUAAUAAAACAAAAUUAGGGACACAUAAGUUGCUCAGAAUUAUCUUACAUGGACCUGUCAGAAUGCUCACAUCCAUCAAGUUGAUCCUUAUACCUCUGUCUUCUCAUUUUGCAUGAAAAUUAGAAGUCUCUCCAUAUUUACUUGGUAAGAUGUGUGUUUCAUUACAGGGACUGUUGACAUUCAAGGAUGUGGCCAUAGAAUUCUCUCAGGAGGAGUGGAAAUCCCUGGACCCUGCUCAGAAGGCUUUGUACAGGGACGUGAUGCUGGAGAACUUCAGGAACCUUGUCUCCUUGGAUAUCUCUUCUAGAUAUAUGCUCCAGGAAUUAUCACCACAUGAGAACGUUAUUAAAGGAGAAGUAUUCCAAACAGUGACGUUGGAAGGACAUGAAAGUCAUAGUCUAGAGAAUUCUGACCUCAGAGAAGCCCUGGAAAAUAUGCAUAAAUUUGAGAGUCAUUGGGGAUAUAAUGAAAGAAAUAACCGAGGAGUGACUACCUCGCAUAAUAAUGAUCCCACUGGUAGAGAAGACCAACAGCAUGACACAUCCUGGAAUAAUUUUCUUCUAAAGCAUAGUGUUUCUGUAAGAAAAAGUGUGUGUCAGUAUUAUAAACAUGAGAAUCCAUUUGUAAGGGAUUUAUUAAAACUCAAAAAUAACAUUAGCUGUGGAGAAAACAAGAACAUGAAAUGUUUUGAAAAUAAGAUUAGAUUAACCUUUCAGUCAGAUUUGGCUGGACUGCAGAGAUUUCCACCUGUAAAGAAAAUUUACGGAUGCAAUCAAGUUGAGAAGUCUAUCAACAAUGGUUGCCCAGCUUCACCACUUCAAAGAAUUCCUCCUGGUGUCAAUUUCAACAUAUGUAAUAAAUGUGGGAAGGUGUUUAAGGAUCCCUCAUUGCUUACACAACACCAGAAAACACAUAUUACAGGAAAACUUUAUGAAUAUAAUGAAGAUGGGAAGACUUUCAACCAAAGCUCAACCCUCAGUAAACAUCAGAAAGUUCAUUCUAGAUUGAGAGCUCACAAAUGUAAUGACUGUGGCAAAGCCUUUAAUUACUUCUCAAACUUUGUUAAACAUAAGAGAAUCCAUACUGGGGAGAAACCAUAUAAAUGUGGUGUAUGUGGCAAGGCCUUUAUUCAAAAUUCAAACCUUAGGAUUCACCAGAGAAUUCAUACUGGAGAAAGACCUUAUAAAUGUGACAAGUGUGGUAAGGCUUUUAUCAGACGUUCGCAACUUCUGGGUCAUGAGAGAGUUCAUACUGGAGAGAAACCUUACAAAUGUAACGAAUGUGACAAAGCCUUUACUGUGCAUUCAUGCCUUACUCGACAUCAGAGACUCCAUAAUGAAGAGAACCUUUAUAAAUGUAAUGAAUGUGGUAGGGCUUUUCUAUGUCGUUCAUACCUCUGGGAUCAUGAGAAAAUUCACACUGGUGAGAAACCAUACAAAUGUAGUGAAUGUGGCAAGGCUUUUAGGCAACAAUCUGACCUCAGGAUUCACCAAAGAAUUCACACUGGAGAGAAACCUUACAAAUGCAGUGAGUGUGACAGAGCCUUUUCUGUGCGUUCAAGCCUUACUAAUCAUAGGAGAAUUCAUACUGGAGAGGAACCUUACAAAUGUAAUGAAUGUGGCAAAGCCUUUACCCAUUUUUCAAACCUUAUUAGACAUCGGAAAAUACAUACUAAAAAGGAGCUUCGUAAAUCUAAUAUAUCUCUGAAUGCUUUCAUCCAAAGUCCAAACCUCGGGGAUCAUCAGAUAACUCAUAGUAAAGAGAAAACUUACAAAUGUAACGAGUGCGGUAAAUCCUUUACCAUGCACUCAAGCCUUUCUAAUCAUAAGAGAAGCCAUACUGGAGAGAGACCUUACAAAUGUAAUGAGUGUGGCAAAUCCUUUACCGUGCUUUCAAGCCUUACUAAUCAUAAGAGAAGCCAUACUGGAGAAAAACCUUACAAAUGUAAUGAAUGUAGCAAAACUUUUACACAUUUUGCAAACCUUACUAGACAUCAGAAAAUGCACGCUGCAAAUGAACGAUGUAAAUCUAGUAUAUGUGUAAAUGCUUUUAUCCAAAACUUAAGCCUUGGGGAUCAUGAGAAAAUUCACACUGGAGAGAAACCUUACAAAUGAAUGUGAUCUUUUAUUUUUUAUCAAAUGUUCACACCUUUGGAUGCAUGAGUGAAUAAAUACUGGAGAGGAGCCCUUCAAAUGUAAUGAUGUCACAAAUCCUUUAGUCCAUUUUCACAAUGGACUACAUACCGGAGACAUCAUACUACAAGGAGCUAAACUUCUUGUCUUUCUGAAAGAUUAAAUACCUUUUUGUUGUCAUUCGGUGCCAUCAAGUCGAUUUCCAACUCAUAGCAAUCCCAUGUGACAGAGUAGAACUGCCCCAAAGGGUUUUCUAGGCUGUAAUCUUUAUGAAAGCAGAUCACCAGGUCUGUCUUCCACAAAGAGGCUGGAUUGGUUCAAGCCACCAACCUUUCGGUUAGCAGCUGAGGCUCAACUGUUGCAUCACCAGGCUCCUUUAAUAAACCUUAGGUGUGACAUCCUGCAGUGUAAUUAAAAGGCAAAAUCAUUUAAAAUUUAUGAGAUAAUAGGUAUCAAAAGCACGAGGACAUCUGUAAAAAGGUUCAGUGUUUUUCAGUUUAGACAAUAUUUUUAUUCAGCCAUAUCAGAGUUCUUGAAAAGGUUUAUUACUUUAGAUGGCUUUCAACCUGAAGUUUGAAACCUUUAUCACAGAUCUUUCGUGUGUCAAUGUGGUGCUCUCUGGGAAGCGAUUGAUAAGGACACUGAAUUUAAGAUACGGUGUAAAUUUGAAUAAGAAAUUGGAGAGAGCUUAAGGAUAGACACAAAACUAUGUUCUAAACCAUCACAGUAAAUGUUUUCAGACCUCCCCAGACACGUUGCUACAGUAGAGGGUCAGUGUUAAUUAUAGGGAAUUAUUGCUCUACCAGGUGACCAAGAAACACAGCAGGCUGAGAAAGACUUGAGAGGUUUUCAUGGCAACAGAAUGAUACUUUACUAUGGACUGCUAAUGUGACAGAAAUAAUGGAAGAGAAAUGAUGGUCUUCCUCUCCUUUGUAAGGAAUAAUAUUUUUUCCCCUGCUUAGAGUCCUCCCUGGAAUCAUUUCAAGAGAUGAAUAUUCAUUAUUUUCCCUUAAGAAUAAGCAUAGUAUAGGUAAACUAGAAAAUUUAUAUGUUCACUCCCCCAAAACUUUCAGUUAAUUUGCACUUGUGCCCAGUCCACAAAGACAGGAUGGACCUCUAACCAAAGUUUGGUUUAGAUGUUAAGAAUGGUGAUGCCAUAUACUAAAGGGGAGUGAGAAUGCCUAUUACAUAACAAGAGCUGGGGAGGCUUUACAGGUUGGAGAGAUCAGGGAUAGGAGACUGGCUUGUAUUUCUAUGGUAAUUAGGAGGUGGAGCUGCUGAGAGUACCUGUAUGUGGUUUGAACACCCCACUAGCACCAAAAGGAAGGGAGCACUUCCUCUUUUUUAUCAGCUGAGCGUUAAAGCCUGUCAGUAGUUUGUCUUAGUCACCUAACGCUGCUAUAACAGAAAUAAGAGAGGUGGAUGGCUUUAACAACAAGAAGUUUAUUUCCUCACAGUAAAGUAAGCUAAAAGUCCAAAUUCAGGGCAUCAGCUCUAGGGGAAGGCUUUCUCUCUCUGUCAGCCUUCUCGUCAGUCUUCCCCUGGACUAGGAGCUUCACGCAGGGAUCCCAGGUCCAAAGAACACGCUGUGCUCCUGGCACUGCUUUUUUGGUGUCUUAGGUCCCCAAAGUCUCUGCUUGCUUCCCUUUCCUUUUAUCUCGUAAGAUAAAAGGUGGUGCAGGCCACACCCCAGGGAAACUACAUUGGAUCAGGGAUUUGACCCUAGUAAGGGUGUUACAAUCCCACCCUAAUCCUCUUUAACAUAAAAUCACAAAAUGGAGGACAACCACACAAUACUGGGAAUCAUGGCCCAACCAAAUUGAUACAUUUUGGGGGGGAUAUAAUUCAAUCCAUGACAGUAGUCAAACACAAAAAAGUGGAGUAAGGUUCUCAAAUAUAAUACUGAAUGUUUGCUCUUGAAACUCCACAAUUUCCUUCAUGCUAGUAUCUUGCUAAGAGUCCCUGGGUGACAAAUGUUUAAGCACUUGACUACUAAUCUGAAAGGUCAGUGAUUCGAAUCCACCCAGAGGCACCUUGGAAGAGAGACCUGGUGAUCUACUUUCAAAAGGUUACAGUCAUUCUGGAACACAGUUCUACUCUGAAACACAUGGAGUCACCAUGCUGGUUUGGUUUUCAAUAUCAUCCUACAUGACCUUUCCUGCUGCAAACAGGACCCUUUAUACAGUAUGAUUUUUCAAAGUGCUUGUGAAAUCUAUAUAGAUAACAUGCCUAAUGUUUUUACAUUAAUUUCAUGAAAAUGUGGAAGUGCUUAUCAGGCAAUAAAUGUGAUUUAAUCUUAAAGAGAAAAUUUUCUAAGGCUUUAAAAAUAGUAACGAGAUUAUGGUGUUAAGCAAAAUGUUAACAAUUCUUUUUCAAUUAUAGUAAGAAAAAAAACUCUUAAAUUUGUCCCUACUGUUUUUUUCCUCCACACAUUUUAACCCAAAUUAUAUGUUUAAUUUGCAUUUCUUCUUCCAUGUGUUACUCUGGUGAGAAUAUUGGUGGCUCAAAAUAAAUCUAAAAACGCUUUUCUGAAGCUUUUGUGAUGUGAAAAUUCACAUAGGGCAAUGACAAGUACAGAGUAGGUUCUGUAUAAACGUGAAGAAUGAUGUCCCUUUAACUAGUUCAGUGAAAGAACAGGAAUGGUACAAGGCGAUGCACUGAAAUCAAAUAUGGAGGCUGGAGACGUGUUGCUACCCUUCAAAUCUCUUACUGGAAUUUUGGGAACAAGCCUGGGGAUGAGGGAAUGAAGGGCAAUGUACUUGAACGCAUGUGCCAAGUGAGGACUUUACCUGGCAUGGUUGGGAUAGGGCAGCGGGAGGGUAUGGGAAUCAAUGAAGGGUUCUAAGCAGGCAAGUGACAUAACAGCUGCUGUCUGCAUGGAUCAAAGGCAGAAAGGUUGGGGAUGGGAGGGCCUCGGGAAUUUUAAGUAGAAUUGAAUGCAGACCCCAGCAUCAGAGCAAUGAUCAGAACAUCUCAAGGUGACACCAGGACUCACCAUGACCGACAAGCAGGUAUGGGGACUUUAUCCACCAGAGUGUUCCUCAGACCCCCAGUGUGGAGGACCAGUGCCUGGGGGACCACAAAGCUCAAGUUUGAAUGAGAUAAUAUCACUGAGUGUGCCCAAUCCUCUACAUGUGUUCAGGAAACUGCCUGUGCAGUGGGACAAGGGGCGGGGCUGGCAACGGGGAAGGCUGCGGUAGAGGCCAGGAUGGCACAGGGAGCCAGCUGGGUUGGGGAUGGAGUUGAGGUAUGAGUGGGACUCGCCCACCCCUCCCCUGGGCAUUGCCAGGUCGAUUCAUCCUGACAGUGUGUGAUUCUUUGCUUUCAGAUCUAUCACUGUGGUGUUCGGUUUAGCACAGCUGCUUCCUGCCUAUUUUAAGUCAAUGUUUCAAACAAUUUAAGGUAAGAGCCUAGAGUGUGCUAAGAUCUGAAAUGGUCCCAGAAGUGGAGAACACAUUCCUCCCUUCUUAGUGCAGGACAGCUUCUGACUGGGAUAGCUUCUGACCAGGACAGCUCUCUUAGCUGCUCUCUGGCUUCAGGCCUCUCUCUGCUGCUAACCGGCCCAGCUCAUAUUGUAGCAGCUCACUGAGCCCUCUCAACUGCGGCUCUCUUAGCAACAGCUCUCUGUCACAGAGCCUCUCCACUGUAGGGCUUUUUCACCACUGGCUGCUCUGCUGCUAACUAGCCCAGUUCAUACUGUAGUUUUGCGACCACCCUGCUGCCACAGGUCUCUGCCUCUGCCAGUCCAGGUCUUAUCCAGCAGGUCUCUCAGCUGCAGCUUUUUUUUGCCAGCCUGGGAAGGACUUCCACAUCCCAAAGGAUGUGCUCCCCUCAUAACUUCUGUCAACCAGAAGGCCUUCAGAACCUAUGCAUUUAAGCCAUUUAUAUACAUAUCCCAGUCCUCAACAGCUAUGAGGUGGGGCCUCCUUCACCAGACCAGCAAUUACCCCUAAAAUGUCAGUCAACUAAGGUCUUGUACAAAAGUACAUUUUCUGCUGGCACAGACUGGCUGUUCCCCUGGCAAAAGAAAGAGUCUGUGGUAGAAAACACCCUAGGUGGUCCCCCAACUUCUCAAAAGAACUAGGGCAAAGGUAACAACUUCUCACCAAUUAGGGAAAUAUCUCCUAAGCUGUCUUUCCAAAUAAUCAAGGUCAAAGUCCACAUAUAGGAGGUCACUGCAUCACAGUAAUAUUUCUUUGAUAAAAUUGAGCGGUGAACUCAUGUUGGUCCAAAGUUUUAUUUACUGGAAGGUUUUUAACUAUGAGUUCUACCUCUUUCAUAGAUAAAGGCCUGUUCAGUUAAUGUUACUAUUUCUUCAUGAGUGAGCUUUGUUUUCAAGGAAUUUCUCCCAUUUCAUCUAAGUUGUCCAAUUUAAGAGCAUCAGGUCGUUCAUAAUAUUCUCUUAGUAUUCUUUUUACGUGUGGGGAGGACUAUGGUGAUGCUACUGCCUUCUUUCCUGAUAAUGAUAAUUUGUGACAUUUUUCUUGGUCACUCUGAUGAGAGUUUUCUCAACUUUAUUUUUUCAUGAAACCAUUUUUGGUUUCAUUGAUUUUUCUUUUUUUUUUUUCAAUUUCAAUGACUUCUGCUCUUCAUUAUUUCCUUCCUUCAGUUGCCAGAGAUUUAAUUUGCUCUUGUUUUGUUUGAUACAAUGGAAUCUUAGGUUACUGAGCUGAGACCUUUUGUCACGGAUUGAAUCGUGUCCCCCCAAAAAUAUGUGUCAAUUUGGUUAGGCCAUGAUUCCCAGUAUUGUGUGGUUGACCUCCAUUUUGUGAUUGUAAUUUUAUGUUAAGAGGAUUAGGGUGAAAUUGUAACACCACCCCUUACUCAGGUCACCUCUCUGAUCCAGUGUAAAGGGAGUUUCCCUAGGGUGUGGCCUGCAUCAACUUUUAUCUCUCAAGACAUAAAAGGGAAGCAAGCAGAGAGUUGGAGGCCUCAUACCACCAAGAAAGCAGCACCUGGAGCACAGCACAUCCUUUGGAAACGGGGACCCUUUACCUGAGAAACUCCUCGACCAGGGAAAGCCUUCUUCUAGAGCCCACAGAGAGAGAGAGCCUUCCCCUAGAGCUGACACCCUGAAUUUGGACUUCUAAUCUACUACACUGUGAGGAAAUACAUUUGUCUUUGUUAAAGCCAUCCACUUGUGGUAUUUCUGUUAUGGUAGCACUAGAUAACUAAGACACCGUUCUUCUUUUUUAAUAUAUGCAUUUGUUGCUACAAAUUUCUCUCUCUGCACCACUUUGGCUACAUCCCACAAGUUUUAUAUGUUGUAUUUUUAUUUUUAUUUAAUUAAAAAAUUUCUGUCAUUUGCCUUGAGACUUCUUCUUUGAUCUAGGGUUUACAUAGAAGUAGAUUGUUUGGUUUCUACAUAUUUGGGUAUUUUCCAGAUAUCUGUUACUGACUUCUUCUUUAAUUUCUAUAUUGUCAGAAAACAUACUCAAAUCGAUUUUUAGGAUGUUUUGUUUCUGUGUAUUACUAUAUUUUCCUUGACUUUUUGAUGCUCUUCUUGUUUUGUAAAUCUAAAUUGUUGUUUAGGUUAUUCAUUAGCUGUUUGUUGUGGAAGGUUUAUUUGGCAUAUAAUGUGCAAUAUUUUGGCAACCAUCUGUUUUUAUACAAUAAUUUUCCUGUAAAUGUGUUAAGAUAUGAGUUUCUUCAAACAUAAGACACUCAUACAUCACUGCCAAUUUGUAUUUUUUAUGUACCUGUGAAAAACCCCUUCUUUGCCUGGGUUCAUAUUGUAAAUAUAUAUUACAUGAAUGGUCUGGUGAUAGGGAAUUUGAAACUCUGUAGUUGGGUUACCAUGAAAAUAGUUUGUAUUGCAUAUAAUGCAUAAUCACCCUUUCUUUAUUGAGGAUCCCAUUGCCUUUAUGUCCCUGAAACAUAUUUUUGGUUGAAGGUAAUGAUUGAGAAGUUUCAUAGCUCUGUGCUCAUGACAUGUAUAACAUUUGGUAUGACAUGAGCUUUCCAAUAUGCAAUAUUUAUUUCUCCAAGAAUACCCAAAAAAAGACCUGAUUUUCUUUUUAUGUAUUAUCUCAACUGCAUUCAAGACCAAGAAAUUAUCCCGUUUUGAGGGCACUAAUGAGAGAAGCACUUCAAUCAAUGAGCUUGUAAAGACACCAAGGUCUUACUUCAGUAAUUUUUAUUUCAGGGAAGAAUGAGGCAAUAAAAGUCAGUUUGAGAAGCGGCAGGGCCAUGUUGAAAGAGACUACCAAUAGUGCCCUAUAACAAAAUUCUCACUAGGAGAAAAAAUUCAGAACAUAAAAAAUCCUCAAAUAAUUCCCACCUGAGGUCAGUUUCUUUUACACAACAGUGUUCUGUAAGGGAAAGAACAAAUCAAGAGCACAAGCAGAUGACAUUUCCUAGAACUUUGAUAAAACUAAAAAUCAGCAUUAUCUAUGAAGGAACAAAUGUAUG